AUGGCCGGUGUACGCCGCAGUGCCGUCGCCGCCAUCCUCUUCGUCUUUUCUGCGCUUUGCGGUGCGUCCACGGUGCCGAGCACCACCACAAGCACCAGUACAUCCCAGCCGACUGGGACAGCCACGGUCACGACACCAGUUCCUAGCGUCACUCCUGCGCUGUCGGCCAUUUCGCACACGACACUUCAAUCUGCGGCCCAAGGACCAAUCACGACUGCACCUGUAUUUCUACCAUAUUAUGACAAUUUGGCCUGGUCUGCUCUCCGAGGCAGCAUCCUGUCAUCCGACGACAUCAAAAACACAACAACCUACACGAUAUUUUGCCGCAGGGAGCCCAAGCAAGCUUGCAAUCUUGCCCUUGAUUUUCCCUUUAUCAUUAUAGAAGGUCCCGAGACGGUCGAAUUCCAUGGCACAUACACCUCCACAUUUAUCGCCGACAUCGGGUGCACUCUCGACGAACGAACGGCGGCGACUUGUUCCGGCUAUUCCAGCUACAAGUCUGGCUACAAGAACGGCUACGUCACAGGUCCGACUGAACUCUCGUGGACCUCGACCCUGACCGGAACGGACGUGCAAUGGGGCGUCUUGACCAUGGCGGCUCUCCCCAAACCGACCGGCGGCGGCAAAGAUGCGGAUGAUACCACCAUGGCGCCCACUCAGAAUACGGCGCUGCUGUUUCUGCCGUCUGAUACCCCCGGCAGUGCGGCCAGCACACGAACUAUGCGGGCCUGGGCCGCUGUCGUCGUCGCAGCAGGUACAACUUUUGCCGGCCUUGCUCUCUAG